AUGAACAUCACCUUCCCAAUAGUGAGCUACCGCGAGAAUGUUUCCAUGUUUACCGGCCAUCAGAUCGGCGGGGUUGAAUUUCUCUCAGAAGGAGGAACACUGGAACGAGCGAGAGCCUUUCAGCUAUAUUACCAUCUCCAACAUGAUGGAGGCAAAGCUCAAAAAUGGGAGCAGGCCUUCACUCGCAAAGUGUUAGAACUUUCCACAGACAACAUCACUGCGGUGCCUCUUACAUCCAGAACACUUGAAACAGACAUUAUGGACACGACCGUUGCCGUUGCUCGCCGAUUUUCACUGAUGUUCGCCCUUGUCAGUAUGGUGUGUUCUAUAUCAUUAAGCGCAGACUGGGUUCGAGCCAAAGUGUUGGUCGGAAUGGCCGGUCUGUUGGCCCUGGCACUAGCUUUCCUGUCGACAUUCGGGAUUCUGCUCUGGUCGCGGUUCAUGUUUAUCUCUCCAAUUGGUCUCAUUUCCUUUCCUAUGUUAGGACUUGAAGCGACAAACAGACUACACCUGGCCACAUCGUGGUGGCGGACAGACGAGACCGCGGCGGUACCAGAGCGCCUGGGGCGGACCCUCCGCGAGACCGGGGUGCCCAUGACCUGUACCGCGGUCAUACUAGCCGUCACCUACGGAGUCAGCAGUGUUACAGACUUUCCCGGCUUAAGAACCUUCUUUCUUUUCUCAUCUCUUGUUACUGUCUUCGUGCUUCUUUAUCAGUGCACUUUUCUUGUGGCAUUGUUUGGUUUGGAUGGACGAAGAGAAAAGUUAAACAGGCAUGCGUAUGCAGUGUGCAGGACAGUGUUGCCGAGGUCCGAAGCAAGUGACAAACCAUUGAUUUACAAAAUCUUCUGUGCUGGGGGACAUUCUUUGCAUGAUGCAGAACCAUGGCAAGCAGAUAAGAGAAGUCUUGCAGGACUUUUGCACAGAUGCAUUGAUACAUUUCUAGCUAUGUCUGUGGGGAAGGUUCUGGUCGGAAGUUGCUAUCUGAUAUACAUCGGUGUAGGUGUGUGGGGUUGUCUUAAUCUACAGAUAGAUUUUAAUCUACGCAGUGUUGUCGCAGACGACUGUGUCUCAGCUACCUUUUACAAUGCCGAAGAGCGGUUCUUUGGUAAGUUCGGCCCACCCGUGUCUGUUGUCGUUGUGAAUGGAAAUGACUAUUGGCGUGAGGAGUCUUUGAAUGGCUUACUCGAGCUAAAGGCCGACAUGGAACACAGCAGGUACAUGUAUAAUAUCAACGAGACAGACGAAGGGCGGUUUUGGUUGUCGGAGUUUCUCAGCUUUGUCCGUUCAGCCGGUGUCCCAGCUGACAAUCAAGACAACUUUAUGACCGUCUUGAAGUUUGAGUUUUUGCCUUAUAAGUUGCAUUGCUCAUACACCCCGGACGUCGUGCUGGACAAUACCACAAUAUUGUGCUCCCGUUUCGUCCUUCAGACAAAGGGCACUUAUAAAUUCCGAGAUAUCGUUAAAGCUGUUCAUGAGUUUCAGGAAACCAUACAGAAAUACAAUGUGGACGCUCUGGUGUUCCAUCCGUCACUUUUCUUCGCCGACAUGUUGACACAGAUAUUGUCAGAAGCGAUUAGAUUCUCCGUAGUACUGGGAGGGAGCUUACUUGGAUUUGUCUUUCUCCUUACUCUUAAUCCAAUAUUGGCCUUGUUUUCGGCCAUGUCCUGUGCCUCCAUAAGUAUUGGUAUCGUUGGUUUUUCUGUACUCUGGGGAAUUACACUUGACAUCAACAGUUUCAUGUCAUUUGCCCUAGCAGCUUCAUUCUCGGUUGAGUACUCCCUGCGAUUGUUGCUACUGUUUGUUAGUGUUCCUACCGCUGGCACGAAGCAGACAGCUAUGUCCUCCAUAGUAGGGCCUGUGUCACUGCAACACUUCGUAGCGACGUUAUGUGCGGUCGCCGUUCUCUCUACAUCUGACACUGCACUGUUUCGAAAUUAUUUCAAAAUUCUAUUCUUCACGAUUCUAUGUGGUUCCGUGCAUGCUCUCUUUUUUCUUCCGGUAUGUCUGUCUUCAAUAUGCAAUAAUCUGCACUGUACAUGGGCUCCGAGAAAUGAAUCAUCUUAUGAAGUCAAUGGCACUGUAAGGAGACAAAAUUCAAGACCUAGUCUUCACUAGUCCAUAGAUUAUGUAAUUGUUCUCAUUUUUAAUCGCAAUGUAUCCGUGCCGUAAGGCACAAAAUACACACGUCUCACAGAUUUACCCUCCGUAAUCAAAUUCUUCUCGAUCACUUUGAUGUUAAUAACCGCUCGUCUGUAUGGCCUAAAUGCUUCUAACGCUCAAGCUAGACCAUGUACUGUUAUCAGCAAAAAUGUGGUGCUAUUUUGAUAGAUCAUGAUAUUUCAGCACCUUAGAUUUGUAAAUGUAUGAAUUUGUGUAGAUCUCAUUAGUUGUUUAAACCAUUAUGACACUUCAUUCGCGACAUGUUAUAUGUGAUGCUUAUGUCCGAACCUGAAGAGGUAAACGGAAAUGUCACGAAUCACCUCCUGUUGUUUGGUUACUGCACCUAACUCCAUAUGUAUGUAUUGAUGCAUGAAAAUAAAGCU